GUAAAUUUAUUUAGUCUGUCUUAAGUUUUAACCAUUAGGGCAAAAGUGACUUGCGUAGAUAACCCUGUUGUAGAACUAUGAGAGCAUCGUUGAACAAGUGACGGCAGUAGUGAACCCACACCGCAAUUCUAGAUCACUCACUAAUCACUAUACAUAGUAUUUUAUAAAGAUCAGGACUCUGGCACAUUAAUCGAUGCUCGCCAUUAGAGUCACUUCCAUCUCCCUCAAUCUACACGCUCCGACUUCAGCUUCACGCCUCUCUCAUCUCGCCCCCUCGAUUUUAACGAAAUUUCAAUUUAGGCCCUUCUGGGGCGUUUCUUCAACGUUCACGCCCCUCUCACCCCGAAGAUCAUCUCCAUCAGCCUGCAAUAUGGCUUACGCAACUGCUCAGGCCACACUUGGCCUCACUCAACCUAAUCAGAUGGACCCGCCAAAGAUCUCAUUCACUGCAAAAGAGAUUGAUUUGGUUGAAUGGAAAGGAGACAUACUUGCCGUUGGCGUGACCGAAAAGGACAUGGCGAAAGACGAAAAUUCAAAAUUUAAGAAUCCAAUCCUCCUAAAGCUCGAUACCCAUUUAGGGGGAUUGCUCUCAGAAGCCUCAUCUGAGGAGGAUUUUACUGGGAAAUCAGGACAGUUGACACUUCUUAGGCUUCCUGGCUUUGGUUCGAAAAGAAUAGGUCUGAUCGGGCUCGGCUCAACAGUUACACCGGCUGUGACUUACCGCAGUCUGGGAGAGGCUGUUGCUUUAGCAGCCAAGUCAUCACAGGCAAGCAAUGUGGCCAUUGCAGUUGCUUCAUCUGAGGUCAUCCCUGCAGAAUUAAAGCAGAGUACAGCCUCAGCAAUAGCUGCUGGGGCUGUUUUGGGGACUUUUGAUGAUAACAGAUUUAAGUCGGAAUCGAAGCUCCCGUCUCUUAAGUCGGUGGAUAUUCUUGGGCUUGGUACUGGGCCUGAGAUAGAGAAAAAACUCAAAUACGCGGGUGAUGUUUGCUCUGGUAUCAUCUUUGGAAAGGAGCUUGUAAAUUCCCCGGCCAAUGUACUCACUCCUGGAGUACUAGCAGGCGAAGCCAAAAGGAUUGCUUUGGAGCACAGUGAUGUAUUGACUGCAAAAAUAUUAGAUGUGGAACAGUGCAAAGAAUUGAAAAUGGGUUCGUAUUUGGGUGUGGCUGCAGCUUCUGCCAAUCCUCCUCAUUUUAUCCACCUUUGUUACAAGCCACCUGGUGGACAAGUGAAAACCAAGCUGGCAUUAGUUGGAAAAGGCUUGACUUUCGACAGGCGAGGAAAAGAAUUAAUUUUGACAAUUUAUGGUGGCUACAAUAUCAAGACGGGACCUGGCUGUUCUAUUGAACUCAUGAAGUUUGAUAUGGGCGGCUCAGCUGCAGUGCUAGGCGCAGCAAAAGCUCUUGGUCAGAUCAAGCCUGCUGGAGUAGAGGUUCACUUCAUUGUUGCUGCUUGUGAAAAUAUGAUAAGUGGAACGGGUAUGAGACCUGGAGAUGUCAUUACUGCGUCGAAUGGGAAGACGAUUGAGGUUAACAAUACAGAUGCUGAAGGUAGACUCACACUUGCGGAUGCACUGGUAUAUGCUUGUAAUCAAGGAGUAGAUAAGAUUGUUGAUCUGGCUACACUGACUGGAGCCUGUGUUGUUGCUCUUGGGCCUUCUAUUGCUGGUGUUUUUACGCCAAGCGAUGAGCUAGCAAAAGAAGUACUUGGAGCCUCGGAGGUUAGUGGGGAAAAGCUAUGGAGGUUGCCAUUGGAGGAAAGUUAUUGGGAAUCAAUGAAAUCAGGAGUGGCUGAUAUGGUCAACACAGGUGGCCGUCAAGGUGGGGCAAUUACAGCUGCUCUUUUCUUGAAGCAGUUUGUGGAUGAGAAGGUGCAGUGGAUGCACAUAGACUUGGCUGGCCCAGUUUGGAACGAUAAAAAGAAAAACGCAACUGGAUUUGGAGUUCAUACUCUUGUUGAGUGGGUCCUAAAGAACUCUAAUUAAAAUUCAAAGCUUAUACAUACUCAAAUAAGAGGAGUUGAAUGCAGCAGAUGUCUCAGUGCCAUAUUAGGGGGAAAGUUUGUUUUGUGGUAUAAUGUUUGUGGCCUUAUACGUUAUGUCUUUGGAAUAUUGUUAUGUAGUACUUUUUGGAUCGCUUUUGUGUGUGGUAAUUUCAUUGAGUUGAUUUUGAUGCACAACUACCAACUUGCCCCAUAAAUGCAAGUUCAGUUAGCUGCAGGUUUAAGUUGAAUAACAACUUGAACAGUGGUGAGGAUCGAAUUAUAGUCCAAUUAAACCGGCUGUCUAAUACAAAAGCUUUGUUCAUAUGGAGUCGGUAAAAAGUCAGAUUGACUAAAACAUCUUGCUGAUACUGAGUCGGCGAAAAAUAGAUUGAUAGUCAGAUUGACAUUAAGCUCUUGUUGAUACUGAGUCGGCUAAAAGAAGGAUUAAUUGCAUAUGAUAUACUUCCUCCUGUUCAUAAUAUGUGU